AUGAUCAAAUCCAAAUACCUCAUCACCAUCUUCCUCCUCCUCCUCCUCUCUCUACCUCUAUUAAUCCUCAUCACCUCCUUCAAAAUCAAAACCGCCGUAAACCCCAUCCCACCGGGCCUCACGAUCCGGCCUGGAUACACUUCCUACGAGGCCUACAUCAGCCGGCAGCUGAACAAGACCCUCAACCCCAGGCUCCGCAAGAUCUGGACAACCCGCGACUGGGAGCGCAAGAUCCGCGUGUUUGCCGCCUUUUUCGAGCACCUCAAGAACAAAAACCUGCUGUCCAAUUCCUCCCGGGCCCUCUGCGUGGGGGCCCGAACGGGCCAGGAGGUGGAGGCCCUGAGGCGGGUUGGGGUGUUUGGGUCCAUCGGGAUCGACCUCGUCCCGGCACCCCCGCUGGUCGUGCACGGGGACUUCCAUAGCCAGCCUUUUGGGGACGCCAGCUUUGACUUUGAGUUUUCUAAUGUGUUUGACCACGCGCUCUACCCGGACAGGUUUGUGGAGGAGAUCGAGCGGACACUUAAACCUCGGGGCGUGUGUGUGCUCCACGUGGCGCUGUCCACGCGCUCGGACAAGUACUCUGCUAAUGAUCUGCGAAGAGUGGGCCCGCUGGAGAAGCUGUUUCGGAGUUCCGACCUUGUUUAUGUCCGCGCGGUCGAUGGGUUUGGACUAGACACGGAGGUUGUUUUCAGGAAAAGGCUUUCGCGUUUUGUUUUUUGGUGA